AUGGACCCGGAGCUGACAGGUUCCUGGCUCCUAGGCUUGUAUGAACUCAAUCUCACCACCGAUAGCCCUGCCACCACGGGAGCGGAGGUGACUAUCUCGGCCAGCCUGGUGGCCAAGGACAACAGCAGCCUGGCCCUGCCUGCCGACACCCACCUCUACCGCUUCCACUGGAUCCACACCCCGCUGGUGCUCACUGGCAAGACGGAGAAGGGUCUCAGCUCCACCAUCCAUGUGGUCGGCCAUGUGCCUGGGGACUUCCCAGUCUCCGUCUGGGUCACUGCUGCUGACUGCUGGAUGUGCCAGCCCGUGGCCAGGGGCUUCGUGGUCUCCCCAUCACAGUUCCUCGUUGGGGACCUCGUUGUCACCCAGAACACCUCCUUGCCCUGGCCCAGCUCCUAUCUCACUAAGACCGUCCUGAAAGUCUCCUUCCUUCUCCACGACCCGAGCAACUUCCUCAAGACCGCCGUGUUUCUCUACAGCUGGGACUUUGGGGACGGGACCCAGAUGGUGACUGAAGACUCCGUGGUCUAUUAUAACUAUUCCAUCAUCGGGACCUUCACCGUGAAGCUCAAAGUGGUGGCAGAGUGGGAAGAGGUGAAGCCGGAUGCCACGAAGGGUGUGAUGCAGAAGACCGGGGACUUCUCCGCCUCGCUGAAGCUGCAGGACCUGCUGCUGACAGGGAAGGGCAGGACCCAGAGGAACCCUGCACAGACCUGUGACCUGCUCUUAGGAGAGGGCAGAGGGGAGGACAGGGUGGUGGUCACACUACCCUGUGCCCUGGGAGCCUUGACAGCAAUCCUUAGCUACCAGGUCUAA